GCAGAGCGGUGGCGACUACAGACUUACAGACUGUGCAAAUUUUCAAAUUGCGUUUUUGUAUUUACGCGAAUGUUUCUCAGUUCAGUUCAGUUCCGGUUUUUAUUUAUUCGUUUUAAACAGCAAAGUACAUAAAACGCCUUUACACCAUUAAAGUACUGUAAAAUAUUGGCAGAAAACUAAAAAUGAAAAUAGAAAUGUCAACCGAUGGAUCGAAACAACAAAAGGAAACUAUGGAGGAUUCAGCAUCUGAUGACUUUUCGCUUGUUAGUGACUCAGAACACAAAGAAUUAAAUGAAACUGCGGAACAUGAAAUGGUAAUUCAAGAACUUAAAAAGGAAAUAUUCAGCAAAGAUAUAAAAAUCAGCAGUUUGGAAAUACAGUUGGCUGAUGCUGAAAAAAGUUUGAAACAGAAAGAAACUAUCAUAAAUGAGAAGGACGAUUUGAUAAAGAUUGAAUUAAUAAGCCAAAUUAAAUACUUGCAGCUUGAAAAUACCAGCUUGAAGAAUACUCUUGACUUAACAAAAAAUCUAUAUAUUGAUAAAGAGAAGGAUACUCAAAAUGUCUUUUCUAAUAACCAACUUCAGGACUUGCAAGAAUUUAAUGAACUGAAGAAUAAAAUGGUUGAUCAGGAGUCAACAAUUCAAGAGAUGAAUAAUAAGAUUGUAGAAUUGAUUGAUGAUAAGUUGGUAAAUUUAAAAGAUGAAUUAAAAACAACAAUGCAAUUUAUGAACAAUAAGAUCUUAAAAUUAGAAGAUAAAUCAAAAACAAACAACGAGAUGAUGAAUACACAAAAUAAUAACGUAACCAUAUUACUAAACCAUUCAAAGAUACCCCAUAUUAAAUUCUUAAAAAGGGAUGGGAUUUCUCCGUUUACGGCCGUAUUUGAAGAUAUUCCCUUUGUGGGUUCCGGUUGGAUGGUCAUUCAACGUCGAUUCGAUGGUAAAGUAAAUUUCACCGUAACAAACGAAAACAGUUAUGUAGAUGGAUUUGGGGAUUUAAAUGGAGAUUUCUGGAUUGGUGUCAAGGCAAUUCAUCAGUUAACCUCGAGUCACAGGCAUGAGUUAUUUGUUCAACUUGUAGACUUUGAUGAUGUAACAGCAUACGCCAGAUAUGAUAACUUUUGUGUUGGAAACAAAGAAUCCAGAUAUGAAUUAAAGUCAUUAGGUAAUUAUUCGGGAAACGCUGGCGAUGCUUUGCGUGCUCAUGAGAAAAAUUUAUUUAUAAAAUGGGAGUGUCCUGAACAUUCAUCCUUUUUUUGGUGGAAAGCCGAUAGAAUUCAGUGUGUCUUAAAUGGUCCCUUCAGUACAACUAAACAAGUUUUAUACGACGACGCAAAACGUGGAAUUUGGUGGGGUAGUUGGUAUCUGGGAAAUAAACGAUUUACCCUUAAAUCCUGUAAGAUGUUAAUAAGGCCCAAAUUAUGGAACGAAUAAUUUACGAAAUAACUAAACUAUUAAUAUUAAGUUUUGAUGCACUUGAAAAAAAAGCGGAGAAACAACGAAGAAGUGCUAUCUUCUUCGAUUCCAUUAAUAUAAGGUUCAAGGUGUUGCACAUUGAAAUUUCGGCAUCAGUACAUAGAAUCGCAGACAUGUCUUCAUACAAUUUUGUACUUUAUAUUAGCGUACCUUUAAAAUGCAACAUUGAAAACUUUGAACAUUUUUUGUGCUUGCUAUUCUGUGAGUUUGAUUUAUGUCUAUUUAACAUUUAAAUCCGAAUUGAAAGUAAUAAGAAAUUGUAUACGAAUAUACGAUUAUUUUUAUUGGUGCACUAAGUA